CAAAGUCAAAAAUAAUAUUUUGACUUUUGGUCAAAAGUCAAAAUAAUACAGUAUCCGUGUUGCUGUGUUGUAAUUUAUUUAUCUAAAUUUCAGAGAAGAUAACGUUAUUAAAUCGUAAAUUAAGAACAGAACAACGUCUUGAUGACUUGUUCUCAUCGUCAUGGCCAAAAGGAAAGCGGCUGUGAAUGAUAUCAUUUAUGAAUUGGACAAUGAGGACAUCGUUCUCAGUAGUGACGAUGAGGUUAAAACACCCAAAAUAAAUCGUUUGGAGACGGUAAACAGUACAAUCACUACCUCAGACGACAAAGAAGUUAAAAUAGACAAUAGUUUAGAAGUAAUUAAUUUAGAUAAAACACUCGAAGGCGGUGUAGUAGCAUCUCAAGCGCCUAUGCACAAUGGAGGGAAAAUUACGUCUGACUUAUCAACUAUCGAUACUCCAAAAGAUAUUGAUUCCCUAGGGACUCCAAAAGCUAGUGAUACUCAGGGUGGAGAUGAAGUGGAUAAUGUGAAGAAAAUAAGUAGCGAGUGUCCUAAAACCACGAUAUUAAACGAGGAUAUAGUUAUAGAUUCGCCGGGUAAUAGCGAUUUGGGCGUCGAAGGGUGCGAAAAUCGGACUCCUCUCGUUACAGUAAGAUUUAAGGACAGUAAAAUGGCGAGUAUAUACAAGGAGAAGGUAAAGGCAUUUAUGAUAAAACUUAUAAAGAUCCAUGAGGGUGUUACUGAAGAUAUAAAUACUGAGAACGAUCUAGAACUAGAUAUUUGGCCUGAAGACUUGAAUGAUACUGAAGUACACAACAGUACUUGUGAAAUUUCAGAAGAAAGUAGUUUAUUCUUUAUAGACACUGACCCCUGUGUGGACCGCCCAAAUAUAGUCCCUAGAUACAGUCAGGCUUCAACACUCAUCUCAAAUACUCCCGAGAAGGAAGCUUCUCCUCCACCAUUGAGAAGAGGACCAACCUGUUUCAACUGUGAUGGUGGCCAUCAGCUCAGAGACUGUACUCUGCCUAGAGACCACGCGAGGAUAGCAGAGAAAAGAAAAGCUAUGAAUUCAUCUAGAGUUGGACGGUACCACGUAGAAGAUGAACAGAAGUACGGACAUCUAAUACCUGGUAGAAUAUCAGGGCAGCUCCGACAUGCUCUGGGGCUUAAAAGAAAUGAGUUGCCACUGCAUAUUUACCGCAUGAGGUUGCUGGGGUACCCGCCUGGCUGGUUGGAGGAAGCCAGGAUAUCUCAUUCUGGAAUCUCCAUGUUUGAUUCAAUGGGCAAUGCAAUAUUGGAUCCAGAAGAGGAAGAGGGCGAAGUUUGUGAACCGGGAAGCAAGGAUAAGUUUGAUAUCAAGAAGAUUUUGGACUUCCCUGGGUUCAACGUUCCCGCCAGCUCACGGUACAUUGAGGAGUCCCAACAAUUCGGCUUACCACCUAUGUCGGAGCAGGAUAGCAAGAUGGCGAUGCUCCAAUACUUGGCCCCGAAUGCUAUGAAGGCGUACAAGCGCAAGAAACUCACGUUCUUUCCGUCUGCGUCUACCAACACCACGUUCGAAGGACAGGCAGAGAUGGAGCUUGAUAGUGGUGACGAAGUGGCACAAUUCCCCUCUAACCCUCCAUUACCGGAUGAGGCGCCGCCCCCUCCUCCCCCUCCUCCAGCAACGCCGCCACCUCCGCCGCCCCCGCCAGACUCUCCACCAGCCCCCGAAGACAAACCUGAGAGCUCGGAAGACGAUCUCCAAGUAGUUGAGGUCCUUAAAGUUGGAGACAUACCAGUACCAGACGCUGAUCUCACCAAUGAAAAGGAGGAUACGAACACGCAAAGCAGUGGACGCAGCAGCCCCACAUUAGACGAUUUAGAAGAAAAGAAACGACUUCUUCUAAGUGCUUUAGAGAGUGAUUCCACUCUUAAUACAUCAGUCAUUACAAUAUUGGACACGACAGACGAGAGUAUGUUGGAUAAAACAAUCGACGUUACAGAAAAUAUGGAUACAGGUAACAGCGAAGAAAAACCGAAUAAUCAUGACGCUGAUAAAGAAGUAAGUGUAAAAAAUGACAUCGGCAAUAGUAAACCUGCCAGCAAUGACACAGAAACAAUCGAAGCGCCCUCAAAUAAUGACCAAUCAACACAAGAAAAUAGACUAGAAUCAACACCAGUUCCAUCAACAUCAUCUGCACCAGGUAGCAAUGACGAGGAAGCGAACAAAAAAGACAGUUCUUCCGAAGUUCCCGUCACACCAGAGUCCAAACCUGGUCAUGUAAAAGGAACGCUAUAUGGUACACCAGUCAUGAACAUAGCUUCCUCGUACGUCAAACUGCCAACAGACGAUAAGUUCGCAAAAGACAUUUGUGACGUCAUCAACUUUGAAAACUUACCAAACUCGACAGGAAAGUACAAGCAAAUAAGUGCAUUACUUAGAAAAGUUAAGAAUGAAGUGGAUAGGAUACAGGACUCAUGAUGUACGGAAUCCCCCGCUGGGGCAAAGACUGUUGACAUUUUAUAAUGCAAAGUUGAGAUGCGGAAUUGUUAGGGUACUUGUAAAUUGAGCCGACGUAUUUUUUAUACUACUCAAUAGAUUAGGACAAUUCCAUUUUUGGAUUACGAGCAAUAUUUUAGAAAGUUUGUGUGCUGUUAUGUGUUACAUUUUAAUAAUAAUUAUGUUAAUUUCAGUUACCUUGACAGCGGUGCGUUUUAGCAUAAUGUGUAUAAUUUAACAUAUACAAGUGUUACUAAUGAAUUGUAUUUCAUACAAUCAUUUUCCAUGUUUUUAAAUGAUUUGCAUUUCGCAGUGUUCAUUUUCCAUUGCAAUACAUAGUUUUCUAAUAUUGUCGUGUUUCCAUAUUUCACGAUGGCUUAUCAUUUGUUUUUAUGGUGGUAUGAUGUAAUGAAACACAGAUUACUUUCUAGAAAGAGAUUUACGCCGUGUGGGGUGAGUCAGCGAGUGAUAGUGUUGUCUCUGUCUGACUUAGAUAGAAUUCAGCGCUCGUGCAGGCGUCGAUAAGAACGGUGGUAGUUCGUAUAUGAAUACAUAGGUACAUUUCGGUAUUUUUCAAUUCUCUUGAUGCAUUUGCAGGAAAUAAAACAAUCAAUAUUUUACAGGUAUGUUUAUUAUCUUCAUAGAUAUAAUCUCGAUCGGUUUUGUCAUAAUAAAAAUACAUAACGUGUACAAUAUAAUAACUCACAAAAUGAAAAAUGGUUGUAAAUAUAACCCAACCCAAGUUGAACUAAACCUAGUGGAAUAAUAAUGCAAUAGUUGGACCAGAAAAAUAAAAAAUAAAACAUUUAUCAGGAAAAAUAAUCUCCUUGCGUGUUCAUGAUAUGACGUACAUAUUAUAGUACUUAAAAUAAUUAUAUUUUAUUUUUCUCAUCUCACUUUUAAAGUGUGACACAAGCAAAAAUUAAAAUAAUAAAAUUGCAAAUUUCUAUUUGCACAAUUGGCAAGGCAUGUACGAGGCUUUAUCAAGAUUAGAGAGAAAUUUUAACUAUACCACGCUUUUGGGCUGUUCACCAUCUCGUAAAAUGAAGUCUUGCUUUUAUAGCCUUCAGCACUAGUUUUCUCUGUAGCGCGCACCGGCGUGACGUUCUCAAAUCAACAAAGUUAUUAUAUAACCAGCAGUGCAAUAGCAACGUACGGCACAAACUAUGAAUAACUGCAAUUGCGAAACGACAUCAGAUUACAAAUUCAAGCCAUAAAUGCUUUGAAUUGAUUCCUUUCUUCGUCGCGUUACGUCAACGUAAACGUGAACAAAUUCACCAUCGCUUCAUUGUAAUACUUCAAAAAUCAGAUCUUGAUAAGAUUCAGAUAAUGUUUAGAAUAUUAUUGCACUAAUGUGAUGUGUAAUUAUUUUCAUGUAGUGCAAAAAACAGUCAUGUGCAUAGGUGAAAAAUAUUUAUAAAUAUACCUAUUUACUUUAUAUCAAACGAAACGUUAUAAUACUCACAUAUUAAGUAUAAAUAAAUAGAUGAAAGAAAAUAGCACCAGAUGAUGAAUAGAGAGAAGAAAAAUAAGUAGGAUUAUUAGAACGAACCGCUAUAACCAUCAUUACCUUAAAGAUCUUAUUGUGACACCUAUUCAAGUUACAUUUCAAAGGCAAGGCAGCAACAGCGCGAAAUGAAUCGUUAUACGUUUUCCAAAGUUACCAAUCGUUUAUAAUAUAAACUUAUCAGUACAUAAUACCUAUACACGAUCUUAUUCAUCUACACAUAAGUUGUGAUGACGUUCUUGUGUCCACAACUUGGUGCGGUACAAUUUACUAUAUAAUACAAUUACUGGAAUUCAUUGUUAGCGUGAUCCCUUGUUUAAACUCUUCUGUUUAUAUUCUUGGAGGCGUUGGAGGUGCUCCAUCGUGAUCCUGAGAACAAAUAUACAGAAAUUAAUAGCAGGAAGGUUAAGCAU